AUGGCAGUUUUUUCUUACCAGCAACAGCAUCCUGCUUCUGUUGUUGACGAGUUUCAGCUCGAUUCAAACACCAAUAUCGCAAGCGGAACCUUGUUUUCUCCAAAUCUUCCAUAUGAAUGUCUCCAGGAGAGCCCUUUGCAUGCUGAAAGAAUCCUUGAAACUAUCCAUGCUGAUGACAACAGCAUUGCGAAAGUCCCUUUCAUAAGCACUGCAGACCACUCUUCAACGAUUGCAAGGCAUAAUUCAACUUCGUCCAUGGUGGUUGAUCUUCAGUACUGCGAAGGAAAUCAAGUUAGUCAGGCGAUGACCCCAACAUUGUGGCAAUUGAGAAAGCACUCGUCGCCAGCCAUGAAGGUAAAAAGAGAAAGCAAAAGGCAGAAACUAAACCCAAACAGUUCUGUCUCAAGAAAUGCAAAGAGGGUAAGGCCAGCAAAAAAACAGAAGAAAGUUCCUGUUGAGCCUCCAACAGGCUACGUUCACGUCAGGGCAAGAAGGGGUGAAGCAACAGACAGUCAUAGCCUUGCUGAAAGGGUGAGAAGAGAGAAAAUCAGUUCAAGGAUGAAGCUGCUGCAAUCUCUAGUUCCUGGAUGUGAUAAGAUAACUGGCAAGGCUCUCGUACUGGAUGAGAUAAUCAGCUACGUUCAGUUUCUAAAAGAUCGAGUGCAGUCUUUUGAAGCACAACUUGAUUUGCUUAAUGGAGCGUUCAUUGAUGAAUUUGACCUGAACUUCAAUAGGGAGACACGAGAAUGGCAGGAGCUAUUUAUCUCGGAACUUCAAUUGCCGUCUAUUCUAGAAUCUGGAUCCUCCCUGCUCCCUUCUCUCGUUGAGAAAACAGAUGCACCCGCUUCAUUGUUACAGCCACACCUCAAGAACUACUAA